AGAACCUGUUUCCUUGCAAGUUGCCAGGUUUCGUGUGUCAAAGUUUUAAUGUUUCAACAGUGAAUCUUGCAUAAAUUUCCCGCCGCACUUGCUGCAAUCACACCCACUCGUGCUUAGCGUCUGUCUCCAUGGGUACGCCAACCUGUGGGGUCACUGGACCGUGUCAUGCGACCUACAUAUCUCCCACGCCGCAUGCACAGUGAUGAGGCGGCGGACGGCAGCUGAGUGCGAAGUGCGGUGUCGAGCAUUUCGUACUGUUUCCAUGUGCCACCGCAGUGCAAAGGGAAUGUCCAGAUUGUGGAUCCAUGGAAGUAUAUUCACUAAUUAUUGACCAUGUAGGCACUAGUUCGCCCAUUUUGUCGAUCUCUAUUCACCUGCGUCAUCGGUUGGAUCGGUAAUUUUUGUUAGGCAGUAGAGCCUGCCAUCGUGGGCCUACAGGCUACAGCUCUCAACCACGCAGUGCUGGUAUGACCUACAUAUAUGACUGCACGUAACAAUUCAGUGAUACCACUCCUAUUCCAGCUAGCCAUGGUGAUAGGGCUGCCAAUCCAAAGAUCUGUUUAUCUUGGUACUGUGUUCAAAAAGCCUUAACGUCAACUUUGCGGGAGUUCUUCAGGAGCUGCAUAUGACUCUGUGAGGCCUAGCCCCUAACUACUAAAUGGCCUUGAUAUGUUCUUAUUCCUCCAUGAUUAGAUGCAAACUGAAUAAGUGAAAUUAAUUCUGUCUGGUAAAAUCUGGAUAUUGAGCACCUUUAUUAGAUGUCUGCAUGAACUUGAUUUUGAUAAGUUCAGUUUUUUGUGACUCCUUGAAUAAUUCCAAUUUCACGACAUGAAUGAAACUAAAGCAGCAACAUAAUAAAUCUGCGAAGAUGGCAUCAGUGGAGAAGGAUUUUGGUGGACUGGGACGGCCCUACACAUCCCAAACCUUCACUCUGAAGUUGAGGAAGUUUGAGUCGUACAUUGCCGAGCUAACGCAGCAAGACAGUGAGGCGAGUGCUGAGGAGAGACGCCAGAUACUGAAUGAAAAUCUUCGGUUUGACGUGUUCUGUGAGGCCAUCCGCUCUCUGUUUGGCCCGGACAUACGCAGCCAAGAUUUGAAGGCAAUCUUCAGAAAGAUCAGCACUAACCCAGAUGCUAAGGUGGACUGGAGUGAGCUCUUUGGCUAUUUCCAAUCAGAAGAUGAGGAACCAGACCAGGUUCUAAGUGAAGACAUCAGCGUCUUCACAGUCUCCAAGAAGCACCGCAUUGGCGAGGCGGCAGGGGAUAAGAAACGUCGUGAUGUGAUCAGCGCUGUUACCUACAAUCCCAAUGUGGAUAUCUACACCUCUGCCUCACAGAAAGGGGCCAUAUCUGUCUGGAAUAGCAAAAGUUUGAGGCUUCAAGCAUGCUGCGAUCUGAAUGAAACAUCAUGGGUGACUGGUAUUGACUAUUUGCCCAGCCUGAGAAGAGUGUCGGCUGCCACUGAACGUAGCAUAUGCAUAUGGGAUCAUCGGGCCAAAGGAAAGAACCAGAGCAUAUUUUGCAUCAAGCCAAUGGACAACUCUGUACAGUGCAUGACGUACGUGCCUUAUAACACCACAAUCCAUGAGGACUGUAUCCUGUUUGGGGAUGACCUCGGAUACGUCAACCUGCUGCGCAUUGCAGCCAAAGACCUGAACACCAAGCAUGCUAAAAUUGACAAGCGCAACGGCAACUUGGUAAUCGAGCCUACCACCCUUACCUAUCCAAUUCAGAAGAGGAAACUUCACGAUGAUUGGGUUUUGAAAGUCAAGUAUCUUGCAGACCUUCGAUGUUUUGCCUCAUGCUCACCCAGCAGCACCACAUCCUUUGUCUUAGAAUCUGUGGACAGAUUAACAGAUACCAUACCUUGCAAGUCACUCAGCAUUCCCAAGGGGGUCAACUGUUUUGCCUUCUGUUCCCAUGCCAACGUCAUAGCAACGGGUGGCAAUGACAAGAUCAUCCGCAUCUGGCACCCGCACAUUUUCUCCCGUCCUACUGGGAAAAUGAUUGGACACUUGUUCACAAUUAUUGAUAUAGCUGUCAACGAGAAAGAUCAACAUGUGAUCAGCUUAUCCACAGCUCGGGUAUUCCGUGUGUGGGACAUCCACACAUUGACCAGCUUACAGGUCUUCACUGAUAAUGAAGAGAGACCCGGGGAAAAGAGAAUUCAUUGUAUGGUGUAUGAUGAGAGACAUGAAAGACUUAUUACAGGCUCCAGUGUGCUUGAUCUGUGGCCGCUGACCAGGACGGUGCAGGACACCAUGCAAGUGCCCCACACCCAUGACCGACCAGUGGCCCAGGUGCUCUUCAAUCAAGAACUGAACCAGGUGGUCACCGUCUGCACCGAAUCUAUCAUCAAGGUGUGGGAACUGGAGUCUGGCAAGCAGGUCUACCAUGUGACCAACUCACAUGGUCCUAAUGUGGAGGUCACGGCCAUUGCUGUAGACAGGACAGGGUACAGGCUGGCCUCGGGGGCACUGGAUGGGUCUCUGAAGGUCUGGGACUUUGGCAGCGGCCAGGAGAUCAGGUCCUGGACGCCGAGCCAGGAAUCAGAGAAAGAUGAAGACGUUGGUGUCACCAGCGUGCUGUACAUCGAGGUGAACGAGAAACGCUACAUUGUGGUAUCUGGAUGGAACAACAAGCUGAGACUGCUUGAGGACUCGCUUGACGCAGGUGAUUUGACUCCCUAUGCUGAGUUCUCGGACCUGUUUUGCCUGCCAUUGAACACGCCAUCCAAUCACCCACUGAGCAUGAGCAGUCGCAGCUCGAGUCCCUUCAGCCGGACACGGCCGUUACCGAGCAUCGGCCACAUCUCGGCACAGGUCACAAACAUCACCAGAAAAGAUAACGUCUUGGAGAGUCAUGAGGUGACGUGCAUGGUCGCCCUCCCACCCGAUUCCCUAGCAACUGGCUGUAGUAAUGGCAACAUCAUUGUGUGGGACACCAUCACAGCAGCAGUACAGCAAGUUUUCCGACUGUACGAGAUGCUACCAAACAGCAGGAAUGAACACGGCGAGAAGACGGCACACCCACGACGAGUCAACUCACUGCUGCUGAUGGUACACAGGACAAGGAAACCAGACCCGGCUUAUAUCAAGAAGUUGACGGGGCACGUCUCACCCACCUUCCUCACCCCGUCCAGUGGCGAGAAGGACACAGACGGAGACUCCGUGGCUGACACUAGGUCCCAAACUGCGACUAGCCCAUCAAGGAUGGGCACCGGGCUGGCCCCGGUGAUGCUGGACCCUGUGGCCGAAGAGAUGGACACCAGCCAAGACAAGCAGGUCGCACCAGAGGAAGAAGAGAUUGAGGCAGGGAGCCAAUGGAAGACGAGGCCGGGAAAGAUGAGGAGCUGGAGAGGCAGCCAACCCCAGAGGGCGCUGUACAUCCUGAUGACACAGAUGAAGAGCUGGAUAAUAGACCCCACCGCCAGGAUGAUUGUCACGACCUACGACCCUGUCCUGGUGUCGUGCCAUUCGGACGCCUUCAUACGCUUCUGGGACAUGAAGGGUGAGAUGGUUCGUGAGAUCUCUGCCAUGACAAGGAGACAAGGUUCACCUGUGACUGCUGCAUGCUCAGAUGAAGACUGUAAUGUACUCGUCACAGGAGACAACAAGGGCUACAUUACCAUGUGGAGUGUGGGCUUGUUUCUAGAAAAUCCUCAGUCAGAUGACAAUGAAUUAAUCAAACAGCUGAUUAGCUGGAGAGGCCAUCUAAGCAGAAUUGUCACCUUGGUCUAUGCCAAUCAUAUGAAGUCCAUCAUCUCUGGCUCCAUGGAUGGGUCAGUCAGGAUGUGGUACGGGGAGGACCCAGCCAGGGGUCACUUCAUGGGCUUCUUCAGCCAGCACCGCCCCUGGAACUUCCCAAGUCUGGAGAGGAGCAACACCCCUGUGCUGCCCUAUGACAUCACGGAGGGGCCCCUCAAGCCCAUGAGGAGCACCAACGAGAGGAAGAAUAAGACAGCUCAGCAGAGCUACGAGUACCCGCUGGUGUUUGCCGACGAUAGGUGGAAGCCGUUUCGACGGUCAGCCUAUGCCCAGAGUAGACUCAGACCUAAGGAGCCAGAGGACAUGAAGUUCUUUGAGGCCCUGCAGAAGCCGCAGUUCUACAACGACCACCUCAAGAGUCGCAAGACAGGGGAGAUGAGCUUGGGGGCAGUCUUCAGGGCCUUGCCCGUCUACACGGUGAGUACUCCAGAUCGUGUGAAGACACCAGCCAUGGAGUACGGUAAUGCCUCCUGGACCACAGACUCAUUCCUCUUUGCCCCGCCUCCUUCCAAACCUCUCAAGUCAACCUCGCCCACCAAGGAAACAGGAAAGAUGAAAUCUCAGAACAAGAGGAGUGCCAAAGAUUCCAGCGUGACUCUGCCCAGUGGUAGCCCCAUGCCAUCCCCAAGGAAGAGAUAGACCAAUGCCAGCUCCAAGAGUAGGUAGUUAUAUCAUCUCCGAGGAGACUGCAUCUUCAAAGAAGUGCCAUUUUAAAGAUGACGUACACGUUCACCCAUGUCACCUCCAAGGAAAGCUCUUCUCUAUGCAAGUUCCAAGAAUGAGAUAGACUCCCAUGCCACCUCCAAGGAAGGGUAGCCCCCAUGGUAGCCUCAAGGAACAGUUGCGCCCUUGCCACAUCCAAAGAAGAGGUACAAUAAACCCAUGUCACCUCUGAGGAAGGAUAGUCUCCAUUGCUUGCUCAAAGGAAAGAGGAAGCCCCCGUACCCAAUGCCUCCUCCAAGGAAGAGGAAGGCCCAUGCCACUUCCAAAGAAGUGGUUGACCCCAUGUCAUCUCCACCCAGUGGGUAGUUCCUAUGACACCUCCAAGGGUGGGGUAGACCCUGUGUCAUGUCAAAGGAGGAGGUACACCAUAGUGCUAUGUAUUAGGAAGAGGCAGACCCCACAAGAGCAUGCCAUUCAGCGUUUGUUAUGCUCUGUUCUAUCAUGUAUUAUUGAAGAAACAGAACAACUUGAAGUUCAGAGAGAGAAAAAAUGGUCAGUGAAAAAUUUGUGACCAAUUCAGGCAGGUGGAUAUUUCCUUUUACCGGACACAUUUUUGUUUGUGUCGAGUGAUGACAUUUUGAAUACAAGACAAUUAUACAUUUUUCUUGAAUUUUUAAUACAAAUGUGUGAAUUUCUAGUACAGGUAUUUGUAAAUAGUAUUUUUAUACAAUUAACACAACUCGAGAUUUAUGCAAACUUAAGUAUUUUGGCCUUUGGCUGAAGUCUGUUAGAUCAGUGUUUGAGAUAGAAUAAGAUUUACACCUGUUGGUUUGUAUUAUGCUGCCAAGUUUCUACUUGUUUUGUAUUCAUAUUACCACCAAGUCAAAAAUGUGCACAUUUUGCUUGAUCAGGUUUUCAAUUUUAUAAAGAAAAGAUUUGGACACUUUUUUGUCGGUGGGUGUUACUGUUUUGAGCUUUCUAAGACAAUCAUACCUUCAGCGCUUGUAAAAAUAACCUUUUUAUGUAAUAAAAUGUGCGUAACAAUAAGAAGUUGCCACAUAAUCGACAUCCUUUCACUGACUUGUUAUUUUGUCCUGUUUUGACAUACAGAGAUCUGUGUUAGGGUUGGUGCAACCAAGCAGUGCUCUUGAUUUUACAGAUUUUGGGAUGAUGAUGUACUUUUCUCGAGGUUAUAUUCUUGUGAAAAUCUGCUCAUCCCGAUUUCAGUCGUAACCCACUUGACUGCUGACAUUUCUUUAUCACUGGACAAGAAAUGUAAGUUCACGUGUGUUCUGUCCAUAUACAAAUACGUCCUCGGGUACACAAGCAUUCGCAACGUCCAGUUUUUUUUUAUGAAGCGUAUAUAUGUGCUUUCCAAUCAAACAUUCACACAGGAAGUGCUUAAAAUAAUCAUUACUAGACAUAAAUUUUAUCGGUAGAUACACUUGUUUACGAUGAUCUCUAUUUUCAAAUAACCCAGAACUGGCAAAGUUGAAUUGGUUUUGCUCAGCACAGUGGCUUUUUAAAAUUACUCUGAGUUUCGCUGUUGAGGAGCGGGGAAUAAGUAGUUCCUAUUUCUCUGCGGGAAAAAAAAUUGAAAAUGACAAUCGCGUAAAGUUUGAUAUUCUAUAAUCGAAGUUCAUACAUUGAAUUUUAUCCUGGUUGAUUUUUAGGCACUUGAUUUUCGAAAUUUAAAGGUAUUUCGUAAUAGCAUUUUCUGCAUAAGACCAUGAUUUUAAGUACAAGUAGGCCCAUUAUUGAAUGUACCUUGUCAGAAAUGACAGGAUUAAUUUCUAAGAUAUCAUAGUUCACAUUGGAAUGAGAAUACCACAAAUAGAUCUCAAUUUGAAAUUGA